AUGAAAGAAGAAAAGAAGAUUGUCAUGCCCGCCCCGAGGAGGCGAAGGGCCACAAUUCGAAAGGAUAUUGUGCCGAUCGAGGGUGCAAACAGAAAUCGCUUUGCCCACUCUCUCUACUGGCUCGCCUACAGACAUACCGGAAUUGCUUUCCGGCAUGUGAUGAUGCUCGUCCUGAUGGCGGCACUGACAAUUGUUGGCGGAUGGUGCUUUUUGCAGAUUGAGAGGCCGGCUGAGCAGCAGAUUUAUGAAGACGCAAUGAACAAGCUGAAUGACGUACUAAAGAUCCAGUCGAAAGAUUUGGUUGCGCAGCUGAAAUUUGAAAAUGGAUCGGAUCCGGAUGUUUUGAAGAAUAAGAUUAGGACAGUCUACCAUGCCCUCCUUGAGGCGGAAGAUCGAUAUACCAAAUCCGUAUACUUCAAGGUCGAAGACCCCGACGCGAAUUACGCGUGGAGAUGGUAUUCGGCUGCCGUAUUCUUCUGCACUAACGCCUUCAUGACGGUUGAUUACGGUACCGUACCCGCCGUGACGGAUCUCGGUCGUUUUAUGACGAUCUGCUUCACGCUAAUCUCCAUCCCACUGGCCGUCGUGGUUACUCGUGACCUCGGCCAGGCAAUUCUCUACCAGAUCACGAAGAUGUACAGCUACUGCGCCCGACUAGGAACCCCGACAAAAGACGAAUCCGACGGGGUAUCGAUUGGCAUCACGAUGGCUGUCGUUUUGAUGUUUGUAUCCUGGUUCUCGUGUGCGGCAUUCACCUACUGGUACGACGGUCUGUUCGGACCGAAUAGUAUCACGUACUGGGGUGCCGUAUACCUCGCAUACCUCACUGUCACAACGAUUGGAAUGGGAGAUUUGAUGCCAACGUAUACCUAUCGCGAUCCCGCCUGGAAAUUCGUCCAUUUCUUCGUUGGCAUGCCGUUCAGGAUCGUCAACCGCUGUACCUUCGUCGGAAUCGAAAAAAGUGUCUUCGGCGCGUUCAAGGGCUUCGAGCAGCGCACGGAAGCGCUCUUCCAAAAUCAUGUUGCCGAAAGGAGGGAUUCGAGCUCAACCCCAUCGGAAGCUGGUCCCGGUUCACCAACGAUCGACGUUUUCGGAGGAGAUUUCGGUCGUGUCCGCAUCGCUGGAAAACAGCUCGAA